AUGGCUAGAAUUCACUGCUUUCUAUACAUCACUGUUGUGAUUGCCGUUGUUUCUGUUUCAAACAGUCAGCUGGAGUAUUCCGACAAAAAAAUGGGUCCUUACAAAUUGGCAGUCCAUCGAAUAGAUCAUUGUGAAAACAGAGGAAGAAAACUGAUCUUUUCCGACAGCACGAAGAUCACCAAAAGAGGGCGCAACACUUACACCUACUCCGCUAACAUCACGUCAUUGGUACCUCUUGAUGACAACAUCCAGGCAGCUAUUGACUUUGCUGUUUGGGGAAAUGGCGGCUGGAGACCUCAUUACCUGACGUUCGAUGUUGAACAGUUUUGUUCCUCCUUCCGACACUACAUGCCUCAGCUGUUCCAGGCGCUCAUCUCCGAUUUCGAUAUCAAAGAUUGUCCGAUUCCUGCGGGCACAUACAGAGUGAUGAACAUCUCCCUUAAUAACAUUAAGCACACAGUUUCCGCUAUGCCUUAUGGAGUGUACAGAGUGGACUUGAAUUUUAAGAAGAAUAGUACAGCCCUCGGGUGUGAAAGGGCUUACUUCGAUCUGCUUCCGAAAAAAGACAGGCCGGCAUUGAAAAGAAAAACUAAUAUAAAUCCAUUGAAAAAACAAAUAUAAAAUAUCACUGUAAUAAAUAUUUAUAUAUUCCUAA